AUUUGAGUGGUGUUCAAAGGCGUUCGGUGCGCACGGGAGGACCCGCCACCGUAAAUAAGCAUAUGGGCGACUAACAGGAAGUUUUCCCAGAGAUCACUUCACCAAGAUGUCCAGUGAUAGGCAGAGGUCGGACGAUGAGAGCCCCAGCACCAGCAGCGGCAGCUCAGAUGCCGACCAGCGGGACCCUGCCGCUCCAGAGCCUGAGGAACAGGAAGAGAGGAAGCCUUCUGCUACCCAGCAGAAGAAAAACACCAAACUUUCCAGCAAAACAACUGCUAAGUUAUCCACGAGUGCUAAAAGAAUUCAGAAGGAGCUAGCUGAAAUCACUCUUGAUCCUCCUCCCAACUGCAGUGCUGGGCCUAAAGGAGAUAACAUUUAUGAAUGGAGGUCGACUAUACUUGGUCCACCAGGUUCUGUUUAUGAAGGUGGUGUUUUUUUUCUGGAUAUCACGUUUUCUUCAGAUUAUCCAUUUAAACCACCAAAGGUUACCUUCCGCACCAGAAUCUAUCACUGCAACAUCAACAGUCAGGGAGUCAUCUGCCUGGAUAUUCUAAAAGACAACUGGAGUCCUGCUUUGACUAUUUCAAAGGUUUUGCUCUCUAUUUGUUCCCUUUUGACAGACUGCAACCCUGCGGAUCCUCUGGUUGGAAGCAUAGCCACUCAGUAUUUGACCAACAGAGCAGAACAUGACAGGAUAGCCAGACAGUGGACCAAGAGAUACGCAACAUAAUUCUCAUAAUUUGUAUGCAGUGUGAAGGAGCAGAAGGCCUCUUCCCACUGUGCUGCGGAUCUUUAUAGCCUUUACAAUACGGACUUCUGUGUAUAUGUUAUACUGAUUCUACUCUCUGCCUUUAUCCUUUGGAGACUGGGAGACUCCCCCAAAAGGUAAAUGCUAUCAAGAGUAGAACUUUGUAGCUGUAGAUUAGUUACGUUUAAAAUGCCUACUUGCAAGUCUUGCUUCUUUGGGAUAUCAAAAUGUAUUUUGUGAUGUACUAAGGAUACUGGUCCUGAAGUCUACCAAAUAUUAUAGUGCAUUUUAGCCUAAUUCAUUAUCUGUAUGAAGUUAUAAAGUAGCUGUAGAUGACUAGGAAUUAUGUCAUUUGUAUUAAGCCCAGAUCUAUUUCUGAGUAUGUGGUUCAUGCUGUUGUGAAGAUGUUUUACCUUCCCCCUUUGUCAGUUUGUAAUGAGAGGAUUUCCUUUUACCCUUUGUAGCUCAGAGAGCACUGAUGUAUCAUCUCAAACACAAUAAACAUGCUCCUGAAGGCAUA